AUGAAUCCUCAAUUCUGCACUUCAAUUUUAGCAAUUGCGUUGCUCCUAGGUGUUGCUUUUGCAACUCUUGAUGACGCGCAUAAUGCAGUUCCGUUUAGUUACAAUGGAGAGUUAAAUGGCACAAAACACUGGGGAAAAUUGAGUCCAUCUUUCCAAGCAUGCGAAUCAGGGAAUCACCAAUCUCCAGUGAACAUAAUAACCAGUCAAGCCCUCCUCAACAAAACUUUAGGACCCUUAUACACGAAUUAUAGCGGUGCUGCAGAUGCUACAAUCAUCAAUUCAGGCUCCGUUAUUGGGGUGCAUUUUGAGGGAUAUGUUGGAGAUUUGUGGACAGAAGGUAAAAAAUACAGCUUAAAACAAAUCCACUGGCAUACUCCUGCAGAACACCAAAUUGAUGGAAAAAUAUACCCUGCUGCGCUUCAUGUAGUCCAUGAGGCAGAUGACGGUAGCGUUGCUGUAGUAGCAAGUAUUUUCAAUUAUGGUCGCCAAGAUCCAUUAAUCCAAGAGAUAAAACCAUACUUGAAUAAGCUAGCUGGCCCAAACACUAAAGGAAAUAAGAUUCCAAUUGGAAAGUUGGAUACCAAAUACUUGAGGCAAAACACACAAAGAUAUUACAGAUACAGGGGUUCUCUCACUACCCCUCCAUGUACUGAAGCCGUCCUCUGGAGUGUCCUUCCCGAGUUUCCUGAAAUCAUAACGUCUGCAUCUAAAAAGUUUCAGAUAUAUAGAAAUUCAAGUGUAUUCUAA